UUCUCUCCUCCACUAAAUGAAUUCACUGUCGAUUCCACCGCUCGAUUUUAUUCCUCUUUCAUGUGCGGCAAACGGUCGAUAUGGAUAUUUGAGUUCCUCGCUCUAAUGACCUUGUGGCGAUGGAAGCAACCGUUGGAUAUGAAUAUUAGGGUUCUUCGCACUGGUAUGGAAGGUUUUUUUUCCAUACUUCCUGCAACUGACCUUGUUCCUGGGAAUAUUGUGGAAGUUUCUGUGAGGCGUAAAGUUCCCUCUGAUAAGAGGAUGAUUGAGAUGCUAAGCAAUCAAGUGUGCGUUGAUCAAGCUAUUCUUCCGGCUGUCACUAGUGCAUUAAUGGUCCACCACAAAGACUAUCUAAAAGAAGAUGCUGUUGAUCUAAUGAGCAGCCUUAAUGGUCCCAGAUAUGCAUUAUGGGAGGUGGAACACCCUUGAUGUUUGUGGUCGAGCAAUGUUAGAGAGUUCCCAUUAAGGUCUUUGAAGAGAACUGAGUGGGAAGAUAAAAACCGUUACACCAUUGUAGAUACCGAUGAUAUCUACAAGGUAACCUUUCCUUUAAUUUUAAGCUUUUUGAUUGCAAUAAAAUUUUUAUUUUUCUUUCCUUUA